UCGGUUUUACUUUAAUGCUGUACAUGGGACAGAGCUUGGCAUCCCAAAUGUGUACUAAGAACAUGUCAUUGGGUGACAUAGGAUUGAAAUUUUGUUUGUUUCUACAGAUGUACAUGUAGGAAGAACCUGGCAAAAAUGUCUUUCGCAUGGGUGAAAGCAUUUCAAUAGCCAGCCAAACUGUCUGGUGUAUUUCUUAGUUUCCAUAAAAUCUCACAAUGGUUGGUUUUUUGUUCGGCCACGUACAUUUCAUUCCAGCCUGUGCAAUUGGAUAAGCAGUACAAUGGGAACAAUACCAUCCGUGUGUGUGAAUAAAAAAAGACAUUCAAAGCAGGUUGCCAAAGCGACCAAUUUCAAAGCCCGAUAAACAAAUUCAGCCUGGGUUUUUCCCCUCUUUGCUACCCCAUGCUGGGGGCCAAUGGAGCCUGGAAAAAUGCAGACACAAAGAACUUGUCGCUUACAAUGAAUGCCAAAAUCCUUAUUGCUUCAUUUUGCCGUUGGGGUAGAGAAAGCAAUUGUGGCUAUAAUGUUCCCAGAAUGACGCAGUACUACUUGGCGCAGCCACACUGUGGAUUUCAAUAAAAACUUCUGGAAUGCUUGAAACUCCUAGAAAAAGGAUCUGCCUACUGUAUCGUCAGAAUCAGCUGAGCAGCUGUGGAUGAACUAAUUACCAUCAUGGCUUCUUUGUGGCGUCUCCUGUGCGUUCUGUUUGUCGCAUUGCUGUGUUAUUCCUGUACCUUCUCGACAGCUGUAGAAUGGUGUGUGCCAAAUGGCAGCAUUAGUUAUAAUGUCUCGUGUUCCUGCAAUGCGUCGUCAUCCACAAAUGAAACAUGUGACGAUGAACCGCCGAUUCUACCUGACUUCCCAGACUUCCCAUGCUCGCUAGUUAUUACCGACUGCUCUUUAUGCGUAACAACAGAGAUACCAACUACAAGUACAGAAACUUCAACAGUGUGGACCACGACAACUGUUACAACCACUUCAACGCCACCAACAGGUACAACUCUGACAGCAGUGACAAUGAACAACACCCAAUCCACUGCCACUCCGUCCAUCACUACACACACAACUCAUGGGACGACUGUUACUGGCUCAUCAACCAUUUCAACAAUUGGGACCCCGCACACCACACCAAUAGGGGGUCCGCACACCACACCACCAGGGCCCCAGACUCUGGAGGUUAAGAUGUCAAGAUGUUUGACUAAACUAAGUGAUCCCCAGUUUACAAUGUAUCAUAUCUUAUUAGAUUUGCAGCAUAAUCAGUGGUAUAGUUAGCGAGAGGGGGGGGGGAUAUU